GACGGUACGCGCCCGUCACCCUGGCCGUCGCCCUGGGGUCGCGUCGCGUUGAAGCGUACGGUUCUUUAUCAAGGGUCUGGAUCCUCACGUACCUAUUGCCGGCUACGUCAAGUUUCGCAUCCCGCCUCGGCGCUAAGACCCCUUCUCGUCCAACGUGAUCAACACGGCCCAACCCCCAUCUCGCAUACCCUAACCUAACCUGACCCGGUCUCAUCCGACCCUUAACUACUACGCCUGCUUAAGGAUUCCCUGAUUGCUGUCUUCUCAUCUUGGUUCUUACGCUCGCCUCUGCCCGCGACAAUGAUUAGGUACGCCUCAUCCCACCAUUAACGGCCGCGAGUAACCAGUCUUGAUGAGGCUUCCAGCAGAGUUUCGCGGAGUGUUACCCUGCAGCAAAAACCCCCCCGCAAAGACAAUCAUCAGCGACGUGUUUGAAACUCCUGGCAACCACCGAGAGAACCGCGCUUCGUCGAUCAAACCUGCGCCGGCAUCGUUAAAAAGAAAAUGUUACACGCGGCGACCGGUGAUUCAAGCGUUUCCCCGCGAAAACCCUCGACGCUACUUUCGUAAAGUGCGAUGUGACUUGCGCCAUGAAUCACCCUGCGACCAGGGACCCGUUCGGGUUGGUCAGGUCGGCGGGGUGCUGUUAUCAUCCUUGGAAUUCUCAAGCUCUGCCGGUCUGCCGGUUGUGCGCCAGACCCGCGUCCAGCUUCCAUCUCUGCGGAGCCCCCGACGCCCUUGGGGGUGUCUUCGCCGACUCGGAUCGCAACCACCAAGCGGUUCUUCAGGGGCGGGUCUCGCCCCGCACUAGCUUCCGCUACCGCACCCACCCCCCGACCGCCGCCAGGUCGCCAAGCGUCAACUCUGCUCCGGCCGGAUCGUGCGUUGGGUCGCCGGGACGUUCGCUGGCUCGGAGCUCACCCUCGACGACUCAGCGACCUCCGGGGCUCGAUCAUCCUGACCGAUGGAUCGGGGAAGAGACAAGGAGAUCGCUGCGGCCUCACGUCUACAAGUAUUACCUCGGCCACGUGCAAGAGUAUCGUCGACAGAACAUGAAGGUAAGUUUUAAAGCGUGAAACCCCUCGAGCUAGAUAACUUUUUACCCGAUGAAAGAGGC